CCCUUUCUUCGCUGGCCAUUCCUUUUCUUUUUCAUUUUCCUUUCUCUUCUAAAUGCUUUUCUGAGAUCUCAACCCUCUCUCAUCAUCAUUUUCAUGAUGACUAAUAGAUUUUGAAACCAAUUACUUAAACAAAGUCUUUACUUGCUUGCCAUGGGAUAUAUAGACUAAUAUUUUCUAUAAGGAUUUUCCACACCAUGUUCUUCUAUCUUAGUGUCUCCCAACUGGGUUCCAUAGCAUAUCACAUCGAAGACAACUUUUGAGAGGCCUAAGGUUCUUUCUUCACUUCUGGGUUUCCUCCAGUGCAAGGGAAGAACUUGAGAAAUCUGAACUUUUGUGGCAUUUCUUGCUCAAGCAGAGUUUUUCUUUUUCUUUUUUCAUUAUCUUGAGUCUUUUGGAUUCAGAACCAAGAAUAUAUAGAUGAAGCCAAUGAAUUCAAAGAUUAACAGCAUGUUUUCAAUGUCAAAUAAUAAGUCUGUUGGUGAUGGAGGCAGCCCAAAUGUUGCAGACUUGGAAGUUAGGCCAGGAGGAAUGUUGGUGCAGAAGAGGGAAAUGAAUGGUGGUUCUCAAUCAAUUCCUACCAUUAAAGUUAGAGUGAAGUAUGGCUCUUCAUACCGCGAAAUUCGUAUAAGUUCCCAAGCAAGCUUUGGGGAAUUGAAGAAAAUGUUGGCGGAAUCUACUGGCUUGUACCCUCAGGAUCAGAAGUUGAUAUUCAAAAACAAGGAGAGAGAUUCCAAAGCCUAUCUUGAUGCAGCAAGAGUGAAAGACGGCUCUAAAAUUGUGCUUGUUGAGGACAUUGAGAGCAGAGAAAGAAGGUGCCUUGAGAUGCUAAAAAAUGCAAAGGUUGAAAAGGCCACAAAAUCCUUGGCAGAAAUCAGUUUGGAAGUCGACAAACUUGCAGGGCAGGUUACUGCUCUGGAAGCAACAGCUUCUAGAGACGGCGAAGUUUCAGAGAUGGAUGUGGAUAAUUUGACUGAAAUGUUCAUGUCAAAGCUACUGAAAUUGGAUGGAGUUCUUGUUGAGGGAGACCUAAAAUUGCAGAGAAGGGUGCAGGUAAGGAGAGUUCAGAAGCACAUUGAAACUCUUGAUGCAUUGAAGUUGCUCAAUUCCAAACCCAGAAACAAUGGAGGUAAAAUCCCAUGGCAGCAGCAAGCACAUUCAUCCAAACAAAUGCCUAUACCAAUUCAAAAGCAGCAGGUGCAGCUGAGGCAGAGGGAGUCUAGAGGACAAAUGCCAGUGCUGCAGCAACCUUUGAGGCAUUCUGAGCCAGUUGUGGUAACAACACAAUGGGAAACCUUUGAUUAAUAUGCUUAGAACAACAAACUGGGGGCUAAGCAUAAUUUGGAGUUCUUUCAAGGAGGUCAUCUUCAAUUCAAAUGGCCAAACAAACGCAGAUUGGGUUGUUUAGGCAUUUCUUUUUCCACUCUUUUCUGUCUCAGAAUUUAAAUAUCUCUUUAUCUCUGAAUUAUAAUGCAAGUGUGCAUAUUUUAGUUAUUUUGCCUUUUGGCAUAAUCGUUUCUUUACAAUCUGUAUAUAGCAUAUGGUGGAUAGGAAAAAGUGAAAGGGGAGACUAUGUAUACUUGAAAUGGUUACCUAUAAUUAUCAAGUUGUAAUCCAU